AUGGAAGGUUCCGAGCCAACAUCGCCUAUCGCUCACGCGCCAAAUCACGACUCAAUGGUCACCGUCGCGUUAUCCGAUAAACAGUCUAGUUCGGAGCAUACUCAACCAGAAUGGCGUACACUUGAUAUUCCUCCAACUCCAAUGGAGAUGAGUCACCUGGAAAAGGAGAGCGAGGAUUCCUUCGGACCAAUGCCGCUCCAGGACGCGGCUAAAAUCACACCUAUUCUGGAGGAUGAAGGCCCAAACAGGGUGAGACAGACAGGUGAGAUGUUUGACAAUGAGGCGGAUUGGGAGAACCUCGAUAAAACCGAAGAACAAGAACCCCGCGGGGAGGGGUCAGAUGAAUCCACGGCCCUCCUUCUCGCUCGGCUCGAACAAGAGAACAACGCAUUGGCGACUAAUCCCAAAUCUGGAAUUACCGAGACCCCCGAGGGCAAGACACACCAACGGCAAUCCCGUUCCGAGUCUCUACAUCAGAUUAAGCGACUCAUCAGGGAUCCAGCUCGGGCUGAGUUACGAUACUCUCAGCUCCCACCUCCCCCAAUGACCGAGUUGGAGUUCUGGGCUGCACUCGUCGCCGAUUACCACCAAACUGCUCAACGCUUGCCGACUUUGACGUCAAACAAGAUCCAGGGUGGUGUGCCUCCACCAUUGCGGGGAGUGGUGUGGCCCAGUCUAGCGGGCGCACGCGAUCCUACACUCUUAAAUGAAUUCCAGAGACUUUCUGGCGAGAAUAGUCCAUAUGAUGGAUUGAUCGGAAAGGAUAUUGGUCGAAGUUUCCCCAAUGUUGAGAUGUUCCGGGAUCCGAAUGGCGAGGGUCAACAGAUGCUGGCCAGAGUGUUGCGAUGUUUCAGUCUUUAUGAUACCAAGAUCGGCUACUGCCAAGGUCUUGGAUUUGUGGUAGGCCCUCUUCUCAUGCACAUGACAGAUGCUGAGGCUUUCUGCGUUCUUGUCCGCCUCAUGGACCACUACAAUCUCCGAACUUGCUAUCUUCCUGACCUGUCAGGCCUCCACCUUCAUGUUUAUCAGUUUCAAAAUCUCCUGGCACGGCACAGACCGGCCUUGUUCCAACACCUAGAGUCACUACACGUCGAGCCGGUCUACGUAUCGCAGUGGUUCUUGUCUUUCUUUGCGGUGGCCUGUCCGCUGCCGAUGCUUCUUAGAAUUUAUGACGUUAUUUUCUUGGAAGGUGCAUGUGAAACUUUGAUGCGAGUCGCACUUUCCUUGAUGCAGCGUAAUGAGAAGCGAAUCUUGGCCUGCACCGAAUUUGAGGACGUGAUGCAACUACUGUUGUCUCGAAGCUUAUGGGAUGCAUACGCCUUUAAUGCUGAUGACCUUGUCAACGAUUUCGUGUCUCUUACCCCUCUCGUGACGAAUGAGAGUCUUAAGGCUCUUGAAGCUAAUUACAACCAGUCCAAGGGCUCUCCAGUGGGAGUCUCCUUUCCGCAGAUGCAAGCAACGGCAUCUGGCUUCCUUGGGCGGCUGUGGGCUGGCUCGUCGAACUCGCACAGCUCGGUCAAGUCACUCAAUCCGAACCAUAGUCCCUCGCGUCAAAAUAGUACAAUUCGUCGCUCUACCUCUAAGCAGAGCCUGACGUCUACGCUCAACUCCGUCGAAACCACCUCUGACGCAAGCACGGCUCCAACUGAACUAUCAGCAGCUCCUGCUAAUACCGAUAACCAAAAAACGCGCGUCAGAUCUAACAUGUCUUCACACCACAAAGACCGCGAUCUACAUACCCAGAUUGAAGACCUUCUGAUCGCGCUCAGCGAUCUUCAGCGCCAGCAGGCUGAUCUCACCCGCGAACUACAGCAGGAGAGAGAGGACCGCGAGGAAGAUUAUACCCUGGCUAAAGAGAUGUUGAGCCAUAUUAGAGAGCUGCCAGCGGAGACACAGCCGACAGACCUAGUAAUUAGAGCUCAAACCCGGUUUGAUUUGGAGAAGCCGAGACGUGUCUCGAUCACUCAAACCAAGCUCCAGCUCAAUGACGACGUUACCCGGUGGAAAGAAAUGCACGAGGUGGAAGCCGGUCGUUGCUUGAACCUCACACGGCGCAUCGACGAUUUUGAACAGGAGAACUCGUCCCUCAAGGAGCAGCUGAGGGAAGCCCGAAGCCGUAUCCAGGACGGUUAUCGGGACCGACAGCGCCUCGAACGCAUGAACAGAGAGCUGCGUACCCUCAAGACCCCUACAUCCGAGAGUCCAUCUCCGCUAGACACGCCCAAUUCAUCUGCGGCUGACUCCGGAGAGGCCCAAUCUCCCACCAAUGGCCUGCGUGAGCUCAAGCUAGCCCGCACCAACUCCACCAAAAGCCCCACGUACAGCAAACGCACAAGCAGUCUGGGCCCGCAAAACGUUAUGCCGACGGAGGGCAGCAGGCCGGCCGCCGAGGAGACCUUGCUCAUGGAGCUGGUGCAAGCCAAGACGGCAGAGGCCGUUGCUAAACAGGAGCUCGAAGAAGUAAAGGGCAAGCUAGAUUCAUUGCGGAAGAUGAUCAGUGCCCCCCAGGGGUCAAAGUCUGAAGCCCGUCAUUCCCUGAUCGGACUAUCGCCAGCGCGGAUUAGCUUGGCGAACCAGUGCCCCGUUGAAGCGCCCAAGACGCUUGGAACAAUGCCCAGUAGCACUGGGGGAUUUUUCAGUGGGUGGGGUCGACGGGCUGCAACUACCAGCGAUAUUUCAUCAUAA